GGGAGGUCUUUCAUUGAAAUUCAAGACCGAGGCGCGCAGCGCCGAGGUCUUGAAUUUCAAUGAAAGACCGACCAUGAGGUUGUUAUGUUGUUUAUAUACCGACCACACCCAUUCUCUAUUGUUCUCAAGAGGUUUUGCAGGGUUUUUGACAGUUUUUGUUUGUUAUUUGUCAAGCGAUAAGCGUGCGAGUGAUCAACGUUCAAUUUCGAUCAUUAGGUAAAUGCAUGAGGGUUUACGUAAAGCGCACACAAUGGAUUACCUUAUUUGUCUAUUUGAGAUGUUUUGUUUCGGCCAUUUAAGAGGGAGUGGUGCAGCUUUUGUAGGUGUAAAGUGAUGAAGAAGUAAUGGAGUCCGGCGAUUCGGAUCCAGAAAUGUAUAUUACCCAGUCAAGUACACAGCGAGAAAGAUCUUUCCCUGUACUUGAUGAUUUGUACCAGGAUACAAUUGCGCCAGAUGAAUAUAUUUGGCCUUUUGUUGGGGAAAUAAAGGAAGUCGAAGAGCAACCAAGUGUAACGGAUUUGGAUCGCUUUGGCAAGCCAGUAUGUGAGACAGAAGUUCGGGCAAAGAUAGAUGAUUGUGUGCCAAAAUCAACAAGAUACAAGGAUAAGUGGGCUGUUACGUUGUUUGAGAAUUGGCGAGAACAAAGGAACAUAAAAGUUCGCAGAGUAAACGAAAGAAGUGUUGAUGAUGGGGAUUGUGGCUUAGAAGUUAUAGAAAAUUCCGUUGACGUGAUGUCUGACGAUGAACUAAAUCGGACAUUGGCAUGUUUCAUUUGCGAAGUCAGGAAAAGUGAUGGAAGUAAAUACCCUCCAAACACACUUUAUGGGAUAAUUGCGGCAAUUCAACAUUUUUUGAAAGGGAAGGGAAAACAAGUGAGGUUAUUGAACGACGACAAAUUCGAGUAUUUGCGAAAUGCAUUGGACGCUGUGAUGAAAGAAAGUGCGUCGGCAGGUCUUGGACUUACAAGAAAACAAGGCGAGGUAAUAACAUUGAGAGAAGAAGAACAGCUUUGGGAGAAAGGGGUUCUCGGUGAUUCGCAGCCACAACAACUACUUGACACUUUAGUGUACCUUUUUGGCAUUCAUUUUGCGUUGAGAGGGGGCAAUGAACACAGAAGACUUCGAGCAGAUAAUUCGCAAAUUAUAAAAGGCGUUGACAAGGAAACCGGCUUACAUUACUUAGAAUACCGGGAAGACGUUUCAAAAACAAACGCUGGGGGAAUCAAAGACCGAAAAUUGAAAAGAAAAGUGACACGAGCAUACGAGAAUAAAGAAAAUAAGAAACGGUGUAUUGUUCGUUUGUACGACAAGUAUGUCAGUUUGUGCCCUAGUGUUGGCGCUGAGAGUUCGACGGCAUUUUAUCGUACUGCUCUGAAAUGUCCGAAGCCGAAUUGCUGGUACAGCAGUGUACCUGUGGGGCAUAAUAAACUGGCUUCAACUGUUAAACGAUUAUGCGAGCUGGCGGGUCUUUCUGGCUACAGAACGAAUCAUUCUCUACGAGCAACAGCAGCAACUAGGAUGUACGAUAAGGGGGUUGAUGAGCAGCUUAUAUGUGAAAAGACAGGUCAUCGAAGCGAUGCUGUGAGAGCCUACAAGAGAACUUCAAGUGAACAGCAAGUUGAAGUGUCUGAUAUUUUGUACGGUGUUCAUGCAAGUACGUCCAAGAAAAUUAAGGAAGAAGAACGAUGUGAGACUAAAGACAAGGGAUGUGUGGAAAAUAAAAAAGGCGAAAAUGAGAGUUCAAACGCAAGGAUCAGUGGUGAUAAGUCUUCGAUAAACAUAAAUUUCAGUUUUAUUGUGAAUUAAAUAAUUUUUAAGUUGUUGUGUGGUCGUGUGUAUGUUACGUAUAGUUUAAGCGUGUGUAUGUUAUCAACAUUUAAGUAAAUUUUUGUUGUGUUCCCUGCGUUUGGAUAUUUUAUGGGUAUUUUUGAGUUCAGCUAAUACCAAGUUUUGAUUCGUAAAAGUACAAGUUUUGAAUUGAAUUUCAAGACCUGAACUGGGUCUUGAAUUUGAAUGUAAGACCCGUACCGGGUUUUACAUUUUCAGCCCCGCUCUCCCCUCUAGAAAUCAAAAACCGCGCCCAGCUUUCAGAACGAGGUCUUGAGUGGGAAACCAAAACCGAUUUAGAACAAUAGA